UUAACCAUGAUGAACAUGCUGUCUAAAUGAACAUUAGCUCUAGUGCAAGCAGUGUUAACUUACAAACGUAGCUAGCUAGCCUAAAUAAGUUUUCUAUCGAGCGGUGGUCAAUGUUAGUCGCCAAGCUAACGUUACCGUUACUUCAUUAAUAACUUAGUUAGGGAGCUAUAUGUCUUGGUUAGGUCAUCCAAGCUCGCUAGCUGACCAUACUGCUAAAUGAGAUCUGUCUGCAUCUUCGCUAACGUUAUGUUAAGUUAGCUAGUUGUGCAAGCGGCUGUCCUCCCCGCUUAAAAGGGAACCAAUGGAGGACAUGGAAGUGGACCUGUUGCUGGGGGGCACAGAGACCGUGACCGGAGACGGUGGUGCGCAGUUGCCCAUCCUAAUCCCCGACUCUGACAGCAGCACUGACGUGGAGGAGAAUGAGGAGGCAGAAGUCGAGCCUUCGGACCCUCCGCACCCUCCGCGGCUGCUGAUGAGUGCCUGGGCCUUCAGUCAGGGGAUGGAGCCGGGGCCGAGGACGGCACCGGCUCCCAGCGCCCCACGGGCAAUCAGAAGACGGGCUGCAAGGCCGGGUCCUCGUCUUCGCUUCUCCACGCAGCCCUCCCUCGCCCCCAGCCGCCCGCUGGACUUCCUGCUCCGGGUGCCUUCGGCCGUCGCCGUGGCGCCGGCCUUCGGGAACGCCCCGCCGGUCAGCGAGUCGGAGGACGAGGACGAAGCUCCGGCCCCGGCCAGCCCCCUCCUCCUCGCUCCCCUGUCGGACCUCGGCCCGAGCGCCCCGGGAGGGCCCGCGCCGCCCCCGGACCCCGCUGCUGCAGAUCACGUUGUCGCCGUGGUGACGGAGAGGUCGGCACCCAUAGCUGCGAAACAGCCUGAGCUGGCCCUCAGAGCGCCCCCUGCUGGUGCCGAUAAGGAAGACGAGGGAGAGGGCGAGACGUGCUCCAUCUGCUUCGAGUCCUGGACCACCACGGGGGAGCACCGCCUGGCCACCCUGCGCUGUGGCCACCUCUUUGGGUUCAAGUGCAUCGAACGCUGGCUACGAGGGGACGGAGCCAAAUGUCCGCAGUGCAACAAGAAGGCCAAGAAGUCAGACAUCGUCCCGCUGUACGCACGCAAACUCCGGGCGCUUGACAACAGCGAGCAGGAGAGCAUGAGAAGGUCUCUGCAGCUGGAACACGAGCUGCGCAGGAAGGCAGAGCUGGAGUCUGCGCAGUGCCGGCUGCAGCUGCAGGUGCUGACGGACGAGUGCGGGAAACUGCGCAAACAGCUGCAGGAGCUGAAGACGCUGAUGGCCCAGCCUGGCUGUGGCCUCUCCCAGCCCUCCGGGGGGGGGCCCGCUCUGGGGCUGUCCCAGAGACAGGACGGCGCUCCGGGACGCCACUACGCCUUCGCCAAGGCGGUGCUGGUGUCACAGACGGGCGGGUGCAGGGUGAUGUCGUACUGCGAGCCUCUCAGCUGCCUGCUGGUCUCCCAGCCCUCCCCCCAGGCCACCCUCGUACCCGGUUGCGGGGUGAAGAAGAUCAGUGCGGUGGACCUGAAGGCCUUUCAGUACGUGCCCAUCCACGCCAAGCAGAUCCGGGGCCUGGCCUUCAGCAGACAGCCUGACAGCCUGCUCCUCUCCGCAGCACUGGACAACACGCUCAAACUCACCAGCUUGCUGACCAACACGGUGGUGCAGACGUACAACGCAGGCCGGCCUGUGUGGAGUUGCUGCUGGUGCCUGGACAACCGCAACUACGUCUACGCCGGGCUGAAUAACGGCUCUGUGCUGCUCUACGACACCCGCGACACCAGCACCCACGUCCAGGAGCUCACCCCCCAGGGCUCCAGGUGCCCGGUGGCCUCGCUGUCCUACGUGCCGCGCGCCGCCUCCAGCACCUUCCCCUGCGGCGGUCUGAUCGCCGGCUCGCUGGACGGCGGCUGCUUCUGGGAGCAGGUGGACGAGCUGACGUACCGGCCGCACGUGCUGCCGCUGGAGACGGGCGGCUGCACCGACAUCCAGGUGGAGCCGGAGAGCCGGCACUGCCUGGUCACCUACCGGCCAGGCCGCUCGAACCCGCUGCUGCGCUGCGUGCUGAUGGAGCUGAGCCGCGCGCCCCAGGACUCGGCCCGCCCCCCGGCCUGCUCCUGCCUCCCCGUGCAGACCUUCAGCGCCGGGCCCUCCUGCAAACUGCUCACCAAGAGCGCCGUGUUCCCCAGCCCCGCCCGGGACCACUCCACACUGGUGUGUGCCGGAGACGAGGCCUCCCACUCCACCAUGGUGUGGGACGCCAGCACAGGGGCCUUGAUCCAGAAGCUGCCUGCAGACCUCCCAGUGCUGGACAUCUGCCCCUUCGAGGUGAACCAGGACAGCUACCUGGCCUCCCUGACGGAGAAGAUGCUGAAGAUCUAUAAGUGGGAGUGAGCUGAACCCUGUGUGCCAGGCCCAGGAGGAGAUGGACCGCAGGUAGAGCUGCAAGAGAGGCUGUCCUGCCCAAUUUAUUCACUUCUGUUCAGGGUGUCGCCAGCGCAGUGGAGCGCAGUGAGGUCGGACAGGUGCUGCCUUAAACAGUAAUGUGUUCCUACUAACACAGACACACAGACACACGCUGCCUUCUGUGUGGGAGAAUAAGUACUACUCAAUGAAGCAGAAACUCGCCUUUCUUUUUGUGUCCGAAGAAAUUCUCAAGCAUUACCCGGGGCCCUGUCCAUUUUUAACGUGGUGCAGUGUCCAACGUGACAGUGAAGUGUCUCUGAACUGAAACUGCGGGGCCAAAGACAGGUUUGGCAUUCAGAGCGGUCUCCCUGUGUAACCGUCUGCAGUGGCCCGUAUGUUGUGUAGAGGCCAGUACAGUUGGGAAAACAUAUGCAAAAUUUCAGAGGCAGGUACUGUGGAGUCCCAGGUGCGGAUAACACGACUAUAGUGACGAUUUUUGAGCCAAGAAUCCAUUUUUGGCAGCAUUCACUAUCCGAUGCGUGGAUUAAUGGUCGGGCUGGGGGACAGACCGUGACAAUAAUUAUCCAGUGCAAUAACUAUCUUCGCCACCAUGUGGUGCAUUUUCUCUUUACGGAUACCUGAUGCAGUGGUGAGCAAUCCAAACUGCAGAAGCCACCAGACCCCACGCUUCUGGGGGGGAAAAUGGUGGCUCUUAUCUAUUGGGUGUUGAUUAGGGGAAAAAAAAGAUGGCUGUUCUUUUUACUGCACGGAUGAUCUCGCUCAGCCCUAAAAUGUUAUGAGUAUACGGUCACCCAUUCUCCGGAAGAUGCCAUUUUUAUCUUUCACCAGUGUCUUAUGUGACAUACUCUGCUUUAGAGUGCGCAUGAAACGCAUUUCAUGUUGAAGAAAACUGAGCACUUUUUCCCCAGGUUUUUCGGUCUCCAGAUGUGAAAUCGGCAGUCGGUGCAUUUUGACGCAACUUUGGCAUUUCCGAAGUGUCACCGUCUGUAAUUGGCACCCGCUUUAUCGAGCCGCCUUCGACGGAGAUUGCACUGUGACGAUUCGUUCAGAGAUCAAAGCUGGAAUGUCAGAGGUAUAUGGAGAAAAUGCGUCAACGCUGACGCUAUCCUUGGACCGGCAUCAUGUAAUGACAAACAAAGCAUUUUAAGAAAUGAGGAGUUUGUAAAAGCACAGAACACCACUGGCACAAACUGCUGCCCAAGAAACUAUAGGCAGCCAAGAUAAAAAAAAUUUAAAAAAAUUAAAAGCACUGGUUGCUUCGCAGUUUUUUUAAUUUUUAUACUCAUCAGGGAGUUGACCAUUUCGUGAUCUUCUCACACUUGGUGUGAAACAUUCUAACAAACAUUAACAGGAACCUACCAUGAAACGGCAUAUGUGUGUGACAGGGUGUCAUUUUGGGGCACGGGAAAAAUGUGAUCUGUACGAUGGGUUGACAAUACUAAAUACUGAAAAUAUACUUUAAUUUUAAAUAAUGUUUCAUUUGUUCUCGGGGAUUUGCUGUACAUAUGUCUGUGUAUUUUUGAUAUAACUGUUUGUGUACAUUUGUUUCAUAAUAAAACAUGUGACAUUUG